GGCCGCGCCAGCAUCUACCGCUCCGUCAUCAUCAACACUUCCAAGGAGAUGAUGUGCUUCAGCGACUUCCCCAUCCCCGACGACUUCCCCAACUACAUGCACCACUCCAAGAUCAUGGAGUACUUCCGCAUGUACGCGCGGCGCUUCGACCUGCUCCGCCACAUCCGCUUCAGGACCAGUGUGCGCCGCGUGGCCAAGCGCCCUGACUUCGCCACCACGGGCCGCUGGGAGGUGGAGACCGAGAGCGAGGGCAAGCAGGAGUCAGCCAUCUUCGACGCCGUGUUGGUGUGCACCGGGCACCACACUGAUGCGCACCUCCCGCUGCACGCCUUCCCUGGUAUGCUGCCAUAUGCCCCUGCUCCAGGAAUCCUCUUCCCCAAGACUCUGCACAACCCUGUCCCCUCUGGCUGAGCCUUAACCCCCACCUGUGGUUGCUCCCUUCAUGUCAUAAACCUCAAAGCCAAGCAGGGUGCUGAGGGUGACACCAAUCAUCUCCCAGGCUGAAGAUGCCACCACCUCCCUGGGCACAAUCCCUGGGCAGUUCCCACUGGGCUCAGCCUGCUCCCAGAGCACAUACCUAGCCCAACAAAAGGACAGCCACCCCUGCUCUCUCUUACAGGACUGGACAAGUUUGAAGGCUGGUACCUGCACAGCCGGGACUACAAGAGCCCGCAGGCCUUUGCGGAGAAGCGGGUCGUCGUGGUUGGCACCGGGAACUCGGGCAUCGACAUCGCAGUGGAGCUGAGCCACAGAGCCAAGCAGGUGAUGUCCCAAGACAACCAUGCAGGUCUGUCUGAGUUUGGGCCAGCACUGCACUUCAGAUUAAAUGCCCCUUCUCACUUCUACCAGGUGUUUCUCAGCACCAAGCGUGGGACAUGGGUGAUGCACCGGGUGGCAGAACGUGGGUACCCCUUUGACUUCUCCUACCUCAGCCGCUUCACCCAGAUCCUCCAAAGCCUGCUGCCCCUCUCUGUGAGCAACUUCAUGCUGGAGAGGAAACUCAACAUGCGCUUUGACCACGCUCUCUAUGGUCUGAAGCCAAAACACCGGUGAGUGUUUGUGGCAGCGUUAUGGGGACCUGCCUGCACCCAGCCCUGCAUGAGCUCUAUUUGUUCUCGCCAGGGUCUUCAACCAGCACUUGACCAUCAAUGACGACCUGCCCAACCGUAUCAUCUCAGGCAGGG